GUCGGUGGGAGGAGAAUGGCUCUCGGUUGGGUCGUAAUGUGGCGAAGGGCGGCUGAAAAAUAGGAAAGUUCCAUCCCGAGUCGACGAGUCUUAAAGCUUAGCCCAGCAGAACCCGCUUUCAUUUACCGCCUUUGGUAAGGCCUCCUCGACAAAAGAGCUCCAAAAGUUUCUGAGAUGUUCAAGGCUGUUUUGAAAAAAAGUCGUGAAGGUGGAAAAGGGAGUAAGAAAGACUUUGAAAAAACAGAAGCAUGCAAAAUGGAACACCGAAAAGAUAAGCUGCACCUUGGUGUUGACCGUGGACAGCAGAGGCAGAAGAAGGGAGACUCUAGUCUUUCUGGUCAAGUCGGCUUUUCAGAGUGCAGUUCUGCCUCAUUUUCAAUACAAGAGGAUAUAUGCAAAAUGAAUGUCUCCAAAGGUGUAUCUAUGUCUCUUCCAUCUUCACCUCUCUUACCACGUCAGCCAUUUACAAUGCAUGCGUGGACAGGCAAAAGGUCCCCAGGUCCAAUCAGGAAGCUGAAAUAUGUAGAAAGCCCAAAGAUACCGGGAGAUACAAUUGCCUCUGCUUUGACCAAAUUGGCAGAGAAAAAGGACCAUUCCCAGUUUGUACAUAAUGAGUCACAGAAAGGUAAUGAACGAGGCUCUUCCCCUGCUGCUCAAGAACUGAUGACAAGAUUGGGGUUUCUAUUGGGUGAAGGGAUUCCAAGUACUGCUCGUCUGCCCGUAGAAGAAAAGAAUGAAAAAAUGAGAAUCAGUCCGUGUUCGACACUAACAAGCAGUACUGCAUCUCCAGGCACAGACAGCCCAAGCUCAACUCUGAAUAGCUCUAUCAGCAAACCACCUCAAAAAAAGAACAGUCCCUGUGGAACUAUUACCAGUUUAAGCUCCACAUUGGAAAGCAAGGAUAGUGGCAUUAUAGCUACAGUCACCAGCUCAUCUGAAAAUGAAGAAAGAGGUUCUAGCCUGGAGUGGAACAAAGAUGGAGGCAACUGUUUACAGCUUGGUAUCACAAAGAAUUUGAGACUUGAGGGGAGCUUGCCUGAAGUAGAAGAAGACACACACAGUUCCGCCUUAAGUCUGUCUAAAAUAGAAGCCAGUUUAGAUGGCUCUGCUGGUUAUUUGAACCAGUCUGCGUCAUCAUAUCUGCUGCCACGACCUAAUUCAGUUGCUGCAACUAGCUCAGCAAAGUUGGAGGAUUUGAAUUAUUUGGAUGAAAGAAACACGCCACUGCGUACCUCUAUUAGGAUGCCCUGGCAUAACACCGCUGGAGGAAGGGUGCAGCAAAAUAUAAAAGCACGAUUUACUCACUACAAGCCAGUUGAUAUUAUAUUAAAGCCAUUAUUAUUUGAGGUGCCAAGCAUUACCACAGAUUCAAUAUUUAUUGGUCGUGAUUGGCUGUUCCAGAAGAUAGAUGAGAAUCUUAAAAAUGAUGCUUCUCCAAGGAACAAAGGAAUAAUAAUUGCUGGAAAUGUUGGAUUUGGGAAAACGGCUAUUAUUUCCAGACUGGUGGCUCUGAGCUGUCAUGGGGGUCGAAUGAGACAAAUUGCAUCAAAUAGUUCCAACGUGUUCUCAAAAAACGUAGACCCACAACAGGACCAUCAGCAGAACCAACCACUCCAAAUUUCCUCUUCGUUUCAUUGUUCUGUCCCAUUGGGCAGUGAGAGUUAUUCUGGAACAUCUGAGUUACAAAGACAAAGGGAAGAAGCUUUGAAAAGACUUGGAGCAGAGGUUGUUGCAUAUCACUAUUGCCAGGCUGACAAUACUUAUACCUGCCUCGUACCAGAAUUUGUCCACAGUAUAGCAGCUUUACUUUGUCGUGCACCUCAAUUAACAGCCUUCCGUGAAUUGCUGGUGAAGGAAUCACACCUUCAGAAUGUGCUCAGUUUGCGUUCUUGUGUCCAAGAUCCGAUUGCUGCAUUUCAGAGAGGUAUUUUGGAUCCACUUGAAAACCUGAUGAAGGAAAAGAAGAUCUCUGCAGAGGAGUAUAUUAUUUUAAUAGAUGGCUUAAAUGAGGCAGAGUUCCACAAACCUGAUUAUGGUGACACAAUUACUUCUUUUAUCAUUAAAAUAAUUUCCAAGUUUCCAUCUUGGCUGAAGCUGAUUGUUACUGUGAGAACCAAUCUACAGGAUAUUACUCGUCUACUUCCAUUCCAUAAAAUUUCUCUGGAUGAUUUUCCAGAGAAUGAAGAUAUUAACAGGGACCUGAGUGCAUUCAUCCAUCACAGAAUUAACAAUAGUCACAGCAUACUCAGUAACAUCUCUUUGAGUGGAAAGACUGACACCAUUACUGUGAACAAAGUCACCAAUCAUCUUAUCAUGCGAAGCCAAGGAUCUUACCUGUAUUUGAAAUUGACUCUGGAUUUAUUUGAAAAAGGUCAUCUAGUCAUUAAGAGUACAAGCUACAAGGUAGUGCCUGUCUCCCUGUCAGAAUUGUACCUUCUCCAAUGCAACAUGAAGUUUCGAACACAAACUUCCUUUGAAAGAGCCCUUCCUGUGUUAAAUGUUGCUUUGGCAUCCCUUCAUCCAUUGACAGAUGAGCAGAUUUUCCAAGCAAUAAAUGCUGGCUAUGUGAAGGGAGAAUUGGAAUGGGCGGAUUUUCAACAGAGGAUGGAAGGCCUUUCAAGUUUCCUCAUUAAACGAAGGGACAAAACACGAAUGUUUUGUCAUCCAUCAUUUCGAGAGUGGCUGGUAUGGAGAGCAGAUGGUGAGAACAUGGACUUCCUUUGUGAUCCAAGAAGCGGGCAUGCGCUUAUGGCAUUCAUGUUCUCUCGCCAAGAAGGAAAGCUAAAUCGACAACAGACUGUAGAAUUUGGCCAUCACAUACUGAAAGCACAUAUUUUUAAGGGUCUGAGCAAAAAGACAGGGAUAUCUUCUAGUGUCCUUCAAGCCCUUUGGAUGGGUUAUAGCAGUGAUGGGUUGUCUGCUGCAUUCUCGUCCUUGCGAAAUCUUUACACUCCCAAUGUGAAGGUGAGUCGAUUAUUGAUUUUGGGAGGAGCCAGCGUGAACUACCAAACUGAGGUCUUAAACAAUGCUCCAAUCCUUUGUGUACAAUCACAUCUUGGUCAUCUGGAAAUGGUAAAUCUACUGGUUGAAUUUGGAGCUGCAGUUGACCAUGCAUCUGAAAGUGGUGUGACGGCCUUGUGCCAUGCUGCAGCUGCAGGACACCUGAACAUUGUGACUCUUUUGUGCAAGAAAGGAGCUAAGGUUGAUUGCACAGAUAAAAAUGGCCAAUGUGCACUGGUUCAUGCUGCUUUAAGAGGUCACCAUGAAGUUAUUGAAUAUUUACUCAAAGCAGAUUGGACAUCGAGUAUACAGUCUUUCAAGAAAAGUCAAGCUCUUCAGCAAGCACUGAUUGCAGCUGCAAGCAUGGGACACACUGACGUUGUGAAGAAUCUUCAUGCUCUUGAUGGUGAACACAGAAUAGACAUCAACAGCUUUGAUACUCUCUGGGGUGAAACAGCUCUUACAGCAGCAGCAGGAAGGGGUAAGUUGGAAGUAUGUGAACAACUUCUGCACCGUGGAGCUGUGGUGUCCCAUCCCAAUCGAAGGGGUAUUUCUCCAGUAUUUUGUGCAGCAAGGCAGGGCCACUGGCAGAUUGCUGACCUACUGUUUCGGCAUGGUGCUGAUGUGAACACAACUGAUAAGCAAGGUCGUACACCACUUAUGGUGGCUUCUUGUGAAGGACAUGUGAACACCGUUGAAUUCCUACUUUCUAAAGGUGCUUCCAUCUCUUCAGUAGAUAAGGAGGGGUUGACUUGCUUGAGCUGGUCCUGCCUGAAGGGGCAAAAAGCUGUGGUUCAGACUUUAGUGGAGAAAGGUGCAUCUAUUGAUCACACAGAUAAGAAUGGUCGAACUCCUCUGGAUCUAGCAGCGUUUUAUGGAGAUUCUGACAUUGUUCAGUAUCUGGUGGAAAGAGGUGCCAUGAUUGAACACGUUGACCACAGUGGAAUGCGUCCAUUAGACAGAGCAAUUGGAUGCUGCAACACUCCAGUUGUAGUGAUGUUACUUAGGAAAGGUGCAAAACUAGGUAACGCAGCUUGGGCAAUGGCUACGUCCAAACCAGACAUUCUGAUAAUUUUAUUACAAAAACUAAUGGAAGAGGGAAACCUGCUUUAUAAGAAAGGAAAGAUGAAGGAAGCAGCCCAGAGAUACCAGUAUGCUCUAAGGAAAUUUCCAAGAGAAGGAUUUGGGGAUGAGGUGAAAUCUUUCAGAGAUCUGAAGAUUUCUCUUUACUUAAAUUUGUCAAGAUGUCGGAGGAAAACUAAUGACUUUGGAAUGGCCGAGGAAUUUGCCUCUAAAGCACUGGAAUUAAAGCCAAGAUCAUAUGAAGCUUAUUAUGCCAGAGGAAGAGCCAAAAGAAGCAGCAGACAAUUUGCUGGAGCUCUUGCAGAUCUACAGGAAGCUGCUAAGCUUUGCCCUAACAACCGAGAAAUAAAGAGGCUUCUGGCACGGAUUGAAGAGGAAUAUAAGCAACUGCAACGUGCACAACAACAGAAACAACAAUAUCAGCAACCACAGCAAAAUAAUGAAUCUGACAAUGAAGAAGAAUUGUUAGGCCAGCACCUUGAAAAUUUAUCAUUUGGUGCUGGACUCGAUGACUCUGGUGUUGGAGCAGCUAGUGAAACAAUGUCCGCCUCAUCGAGGCCUCAGCAGUGUCCAGUCCCAUUUAAAAAAGGUCUCCAAGAUGAAGUAGUUUCUGAGAAGUUGAGGCCUUCAUCACCUCAGAAUAAAAUGACACACAAAUAUCUUCGAGAACCACUCACACAAGGACCAGUUAUGCAACCUCCUAAACAAGCUCAGAUUGUGAAAACAAACCAACAUAUGAAUUUAUUACAAGCUGGGGGAAGAACUACAAGUUGUCAACAUAGCAGCAAAACUGCAGUCCAAACUCAGUUUCCUCCAAUUUCCAUGCCUGGCAACAGAAAUGUACAAUUGGAGUCUGCAAUCAAUAGUGGAAGUUCUGGAACUUACGGAGAAAGAUUGUCUCCUGCUAAGACUGUGAAUCAGAAACUGGAUGAAAACACAGCAACUGAGGUUUUUGUAAAUACAGAAAUGUCCGCAGAAGUGUUAAACAUACAGUCCCGGGAAAUCUCAGAGUUAUCAGAAAGUUUAACUCAAGGACCUGUGACAGGUAUUUCUAUACCAAUGCAUGAAUCAGCCUUUAAAGUUACUGGUUCAACUACCAGUGGAGUCUCAAAUACUGGUGUACCUGAUAGAGGGCCCAUUCCAGAUGCAGUGUCAAUAUCAGAUGCUGAUAUCAGAAACAGCUUGGAAUGCAAGGUGGAAAAAUCCAACCAAAACCUGAGUGGGACAGAUUAUAGACCAAGGACUACACCUUUCAUGGGGAUAAUAGAUAAAACGGUCAGAUCACAGCAGCAUCAGCCCAGCAUACAACAGAUUCGUACCCGGCAUGAUCAGUCAACAGAUGCUACAGUAGUUGUGAAUCCUACCUCAAUUACUAGUAGUCAAAAUAUUCAAAAUGGAAUGCAUUCCAAACCCUCUCAAACAACCAAGAAUGUUCAGGAAUCCAAAUCAUCCAUGACUGCUGCACAUUCUUUUCAAGAAAAUAUUUCUAAACCACAGUCGAAUGUAGCUAGAGAUGUUCAUUCAAGUAAUAUUAAUCCUGUUAAGCCAAAGCGAUCAUUUAUAGAAUCUAAUGUGUAAAAACCAUUGGACCACAUAACCCAAACUAGUCAACAGUUAGUAAUCUGAAAUAAGUCCAUUUUUCCCCCUUCUAAUUAUAAUUCACUAGUGGAGUUUGCUGCCCUGGUACUGUACUUGUCAGGAUGAUGCUUGUCACCAAGACUUGACUGUUACAGAACAACAUUGCAUGUUGAUUAUAUAUAAGGUUUAACCCAGCUGGCUGUUGCACUGAACAUUUUAAUAUGGCAUUUAACAAAUAACUGCACUUUAUGAACGUACAAAUUAUAAAAUGCCUUAAAGUGCUUUUGCUGUAAUUUAUAAGUAUUUAUAUAGUAUGAAUUAGAUUAAUAUACAAUAUGCAUCAGCAUUGUUAAUCAGCACAAAGGGAGUUAUUAAAAUUUGAUAGUGUUUUUAUUUCAACCAUUUAUAAUUUUUAUAAGAAAUCCAACAUUGAAAUGGAACAAAUACAAGUCUUUCACAUUCGGGAAGGGUUAUGUAAUCCUAAAACAAUGAAGUACAGUGGAUUCCAGUUAAUUGGGCCGUCGGUUAAUCAGGGCAGCCACUUAUUUGGGACAACUCUUUUUUUUAAAAAAAACAACAAAAACUAAUUGAGAAAAUUGCCAGGAUUCCCUUUGUUUAUUUGGGACGUUAUACCACUUAAUUGGAGCAGACACGUGCACUUGUGUGGCUAUUAGAUUCUACCCCUUAAUUAGAACGAAUGGUUUUUAAAUAGCGUCAGUUGCUUGUGCUUGUGUUUAAAAAGCAGAGAUUUUUGUCACUGAUAGUUCACCAAAAAUUCAGAAUUGUUUUGCUUGCUGUGGUCUCAAGCAUUCAGGCUUAGGGAUGUCUUAAAUGACUGGGAGUGAAACUAUGGAGUUAGAAACUACGAAGAAGUUGAAGGCAUCGACAAUCAUCUUGAAUGUUGCAAUGAAAAUGAAGAUUUGGAUGAUGCAGUUUGGAGGAGCAUUGUAUGAAGCCAAUCCAUUAUCUAUACAAGCUGACUUCAUUGAUUUUGUUCAUUUACAGUCGAUCAAAAGAACAUAGAGUACAAUGUAUGAAUUCCUCUGAUAGCCAUUAGGAACCAAUACAAUUUUAUUGUACUGUAGUAGUAUUGUAAUGUUGUAGUUUGUUCUGUAUUUCAUUUAAGAACAUAAUUUGUUACUCAGUUAAACGAUAGCUUGUACUUUUUUUUUUAUGUACCACCUUAACCAUUUCCAUGAAACUUCGGCUAGUUGGGGCAGCCGCAUAAUGGGCCAAUAAGUACUGGUCCUGAUUUGUCCCAAUUAACUGGAAUCCACUGUACUCAUUUGUAAUCAGUUUCACAUUAAUCAAAUUAAAACAUUUUAAUCAAGUAUAGUCAGUGUAAAUUUUAAAUACAAUGGUUUGCUAUUAAGUACUAUUUAUUUGAGAUUGCUCAUGCUUGAGAAUUUGUAAAAGCAUACUUUUUAUCUAGUGACUUUUGCACAACUUGUGUAACUGUUUCAUUGAGGUGCCUAAAUUUUUAUUGCAGCUGCAUAACUGUGGUUAGAAGCAGCAGUUCUGAAUGUUUGUAAUGACCUUCCAAUUUCAUUUACAACUCUAUUGCAAAUAGAGAAAAAAAAAUACAAUUCUGUGUAUUGUCUGUAUAGUUUCCAACUGAAAGCCUGGGUUAAAAUGUUGUUUUAACUUUUUCCUGGAAUGCAUAUAGCACAUUAAUGCAAAAAAAAAUAAAAUCACAUUCUAAUA